AUGAAGGGCCCCGUCAAAACCACAAACAAGCCCCAGAGAUACGUCAGCGAUCUCAGUGGCAGUAGCGGGGGUCAGAUGGUCCAAGGAGGGCAAGGAGACCAGACACCGGGGGGAUAUGGGCUGGGGAGAACAGCCCGUAUAACCAAGGCUUCUGCACCCCAGGGGAUCUACAAAGCGAUAGCAAAGGCUGCAAGCCUAAUCCCCACCUCAAAACCACUCAUACUCCAUGUCAAAAGCAAGGCCGUGAUCCAGGAGCUCAUGAAAAAAAGAGCCAGGAACGAGGAUGGCGACUGGAUCAAUAAAGCCGAGUCCAAUGCACAGAGGGCCGCAAUUGCAAACAUAAGGGCCAGAGAGGCUUGGACAGCAUUCAUAAUGACACUCCUGAAAGGGAGGAACACAUCAGUGAAGCAGGCGAGAGAAGCUGCAAAAGAGGUGACCGAAGCGGGACCAGUUGAGGAACUGACCGUGCCUCCCCCCCACCAGAGUUCACAAUACACAGAGCAAAACUCUCUACCUCUACUCAGUGCACUCUAUACUGGAGCCUCAUCAGGAAAAAGAAACCCACAAUGA